AUGGCUGGUGGAAGAGGUAGAAGAAUUGGUGCCAAUAACUCAGCUGAUGAAAUUGCCCAUGCUAUUCACCGAUUGGUUGACGCUAUGCAGCCGCAACAGGUGGUGCUACCACAGCCUGCACCACGACCUGUUAGCAUGGACGAUUUCAUGAGGCACAAACCAGCCAAAUUCAAUGGCAAGGCCACUCCUGAUGACGCAGAUGCGUGGAUCAGGGAGUGCGAGAAGAUAUUCCGUGUACUAGGCUGCUCAGAUGAACAGAAGCUGGCCUGUGCCACCUUUCUCUUGGUGAGUGAUGCAGAAUACUGGUGGGUUGGCAUGCAGCAACAGAUGGGAACUAGGGAGGAGGAAGUGAGCUGGGAGAAUUUCAAAAAGAGAUUCCUGGAAAAGUAUUUUCCAGAUAGUGCUAAACAUGAGAGGGAGGCUGAGUUCUUGACCUUACAGCAGGGCAAUAUGACUGUACAGGCUUACGUUAACCGAUUUGAAUAUCUGGCGCGGUUUUACACACAAAAUAUCACAGAGGAAUGGCGUUGUCAAAAAUUUGAGAGGGGUCUACGACAUGAACUGCUUAGGGUUCUGGUGCCACUCAGGAUCCGAGAGUUUCCCCUCUUAGUGGAACAAGCGAAAAGUGUGGAACAAUUAGAGAUGGGGCCUAGUCGAGUAGCCAGACCGUAG